AGGAAAUCACCAUAAAUCCCAACCGACCUAUUCCUCCAAAAUUCCACCAUCACCCCAUUUCCACCUUAUAGAACUCAAACAUUUUUACAGAGAGAAAAGGGAGGGGGGAGAAGAUGGGAGGGAGAUCAACAAGGGCAGGAGGGAGCAAGAAAGUAGGCAUGGAGAUAGUGAAGUUCGAUCAUCAUACUAAUAAGGUGAAAGAAGAGGUAUCUCCACCUCCUCCUCCGCCGCCGCCUCCUCAUCUCUCCGGUGCGUAUAUUCGUAGCCUCGUUAAGCAACUUACUUCUUCAAGAAACAAAGACGUCCCCGCCCCGGACGUCGACGGUGUCGAUGACAACAACGGGGAUGGAUUUGGCGAGGAGGCGUUGGUGAUCGAGGACGGGAGCUGCUGCCAGCAAUCCCCAAUUCAGCCGCAAGCAUCGGAUCAGGCGCUGGUGCAACAACAGCAGCAGCAGCAGCACAAGAAGCAAGUCAGGAGGCGGCUUCACACCACCAGGCCUUACCAAGAGAGGCUUUUGAACAUGGCGGAAGCUAGGAGGGAAAUUGUCACCGCCCUUAAGUUUCAUAGAGCUUCUAUGAAACAAUCCACCGAGCAGCACCACCACCAACGGCCACCGGUGCAGCCACAGCCACCGCAAACGGUGCUGCAGCCUCCUCCUCCACCGCCUCCGCAGUCGUCGUUCCAAGGACGGACAAAGUGUAGGAGGAAUCGCAGGGUUUACCCAUCCACCAGCGCAAGCUGCGUUGAAAGCAAUUUCUCCUACCACCCAGCAUUCACCAUCACAGGAAAUCUCAUGAAUCUCGGACUGCCUAACCAGAGACCCUUGGGAUUGAAUCUCAACAUUCAUGAUUUCACCAACUUUGAAGCAACUCUCUACCAUCAUAACCCGUCUUCGUUUUCGACAUCUCCUUCGCCCAUUCCUAACAACAAUUCAGAGGCAAUAUCAAAACAACCACAGCAACAACAACAGGGGAAUUCCUCUGAGAUUGCAGACCCCAACAGUAGUGCUGGGAAUGGAGGAGGGAUGCAACAACACCAGGGAAUGGAUGAGGAAGAGAUAAUGUCAGAGAUGGAAUGGAUGGGAGAACAGCACCAGAUGGAAUGGAACGACACCAUGAAUUUGGUCACAUCAGCUUGGUGGUUCAAGUUCUUCAAGACUGCAGGGGAAAUUGGGCCGAAAUACAAAGGCGACUGCGACGUCGACAACGAUGACAAGGAGGACGAUCCGUUCGAUCAGGCCGUGGUUGAAUUCCCGGACUGGUUGAACACUGCAAAUGAUCAGAGUUGCUUCCACCACUGCUUGGAUGAAUCCUCCCAAGAUCCUGCCUUGCCUUGCAUGGACAUUGGGGAGAUUGAAGGCAUGGAUGAGGAAUGGCUUCCCUGAUGAUAGAAUCUUGGCGUUUGGGCCCCCCCUUUUUGAAACUCUUUUUUUUUUUUUUUCCUUUCCAGUUUGUCAUGAAAUCCUUGUUCUUCUCAAUAAGGCUUGCAAGAUGGUGAAAAUUCACAGGCCAUGCAGAAGGGAAAAUAAGGUAAGGAACCAAUGAGUCCUCCUUUCACUGCCAUUUAGUUUAUGAACUACUACAAGAAAAUCCGUGCGAUCGAUGCACGGAGAUUCGAGAUUUAAUCAGAAUGAGAUGAGGUACUUGUGACUAAAUGCGGAAUUGAUUUUAUUUGGUUUUAGUAAAUAACGUAUGUAGCAAAGUACAUAAAAUGUAAGACGCGCAAAGUUUUACU